UUCAGGAACAUUGAAAACUUCAAAACAAAUUAACAGAAAUUAACACUUUCCGAAUUGACCUUCAUCACGAAAACAAGAUAUGAUUGGUUGAUUGAAUGUACAUAUUGAAAAAGAAACCAAUUAUUGAGUCAAUACAAGACAUUAAACUUUUGGGGAUAUGUUCUUCUGGAAAGGGCAGAGAUAAAACAGAAAGCGUUGACAUUUGAGUAACAUUAAUAGUAAAAUAAAUAUUCUCAUUCUUGAAAUUUGUAGCAAUACGAUUUCUUGACCAGAACGACGACAAUAUCAUAUAUGGACAAGAAGGAAAGACUAUGAAUAUAUCAUGUGCUACUAUAACAGGAUACGACGUCCAGAAGAUGUUAAUAGAAGAAAACUUAAUCAUAUUAACAGAAAGUAACAGUAACAUGGUGACUUUCUCUUUCACACCGGAUAGACAAGAUAAAUCCAAAGAGUUUGUAUGUAAGAGUAAACCAAACUGGUUAUAUGUCAGGGUUAAUGUGCUAGUCAACUAUUCACCUGAUGUAGAACUGUUAAUCGGAGUAAAUAGAAUUGACUGUUUUCCUGACGGUUUCCCGGACACGUACACAUUUUACAGAUGGGAACAUCAAUCAGAACUAGGAGAACACAUUCGUUUCAUAAACGGCUUAGGAAAUGGGACAUUGAUUCUUCAGACACUUCCACAACGAUAUCAGAUUAGCGGUAUAUAUGUUUGCACUGUUAGCAACGGUAUACCUGAUACGAAUGGUAGCAAGUUUCAAAAAGGUUUUACAAGUUUCAAUUAUGAAGGUCCACCUCUAUUUGUUCCCGAAAACAGAAAUGUUAAGUUUGUCGAACUGUAUCAGCCUAUUACAGUGACAUUUCUCAUAUUCAGUAACCCUAUUGUAGACGAAAUAUGGAUUGAAGCUGUCGCUGCUCGAUAUACGAUAAAUGAAACAAUACAUGAUUUUAGAAUUUCUGAAAUUGAGCUGUCUUACUCGGAAUUUAAAAACAGAGGAAAUAUCAAAGGCAAUCAAAUUGCAUUUGAUUUCAAAAUGUUCAGCAAUGAAUAUGAAAUGUACAAAAUAUGGACAAAAAAUGGACAAGGAGAAGAUUCUUUUAGUUUCAAUAUCCAAGCUGUUGGUGCGCCAAUAUUUGUACCUGAAAACAGAAAUGUCAAGCAUGGUAAGCUUGGUGAACAUUUAACACUGACAUUUCUCCUAUACAGUGAUCCUCUGGUAGAUGACAUAUGGAUUAAAAGCGUCGGAACUGAUCGUAACCAAAGUGGAACAAAACAUGAGUUCAGGAUUUCAAACACAAAUUUGUCGUAUACGGCUUCUGGAAACAAAGGAAAUAUCAGUGGAUAUGAAAUUACAAUUGAAACAAACAUUUUGAACAGUAAAGACUUCUGCGUGUAUAAAAUAUGGGCAGAAAAUAAAUUGGGAGUAGCUUCUUACAGAUUUGAAAUCAUAGCAGUUGAAUCUCAAAAAUGGAACGAAAUAAACAAUAACGACAACUUUAAGGAAAUAACUCGAUUUAUAACAAUUAGCACCAUAGCCACCUGUUUGUUGGUCUAUAUAGUCGUGAAUCACAUCUGCAUUUGUGUCCGACAGAGAACAAAACGAACCAGGCGAAGUAAUGUACCAGUGUCCUUGCUUGAAGACAUGUACGAUGAAAUAGGAACCAUUUCCUAUCAAGCUGCCAACAUUAGUCAGUUAGCUACUGAGCAACCAGAACGGAUCCAGCAAUUCAGAAGGAUUCGUAGUCCUCAACCAGAAUCAAGAACAGCAAAUUUGAACAAUCAACUUUCUAUGGACCGUACUUUUAAUACAUCUUCACGAUUAUCCGUUCAAGAAUAUCAGGUUAAUGCAUUGCAUCCAAACAAUAUGUUUGGAGCAACAAGUAAUGUGUCGCCUGUGUUAGCUACGGAGGAUAUUGUUCACAUUAACGGAAGCUACGAUAUUGAUCCGUCAGGUGAAUCAUCCCAGGAAUUUCAAAGUGGAAGACAUCAAUAUGAGCAUUCGUCAAACAGUAACAGAACAACAACAAUUUCAUCAAGCAGUGACGAAUCAAGAAUUGAAUCAAGUGGUACAACACUAGUGGGUUUAGAUAUCGAUGAAGGAUACGAAAACCCAUACCAAAUAGUAAUACGAGAAGAACAGGACAGUCAUAAGUAUAGUUAUCUAACCAAGCAGUCCGAGACAAUUGAUAAUGAUAGCUCAUUAUCUGACACUGCGGAACUAUCUAGAAAUAAUCGCGACUAUGUCAAUCUUCGAUUGUAAUUGUAAAAAAUGAAUUUCAUUCGUCCAAAGCGAUUUUCUAAAUUGAUUAUCAUCAAGAACACCAAUACACAAGUAUUUAAAAUCAAAAAUAAGGAAUUCAAAUUCUAUUAAGUGUACAAUAUAUAUGAUAUAGUUUCUUUAAAAUGACUU